CUCCAACCGGCAGUCAGUGUGCGUUUAACCGUGUGUGUGUGUGUGUGUGUGUGUGCGCGCGCGUGCAGGGAGUCAGCCUGAGGAGACACCUUGUUUGUCUUCACUUUAAGGUGGGGCGUUUCUCCACAGGUGCUCGGCUCAGGUGCGCAGGAUGAAGCAUCCUCCCGUUAUAGAAGCGUAACGCGGCCCCGGUGCGCCCACCAUGGAGCUGAUCAGGUGUAUCGGCGGAUGCGUGCCUUUGUUCCUGCUCGCCUUCGUGUUCGAUAUCGUCGGCCUCAUCCUCCUCUUCGUCGGCAUAUUCGCCAACCUGCGCAUCGACGACCGCUUUUAUGGCGACUUCUUGAUCUACACCGGCUCCCUGAUCAUCUUCUUCAGCCUGGGCUUCUGGCUCAUGUGGUACGUGGGCAACGUCCCGGUGUCUGAGGACGACGGCUUGAAGAAGAGGAGCAGCAUCGCGCGGCUGGCCAGGAAGCUGUCGGAGAGGCUGAGCCAGAAGCUGAAAGGGGAGGAAGGCGUAAAGUGUGUGGAGGUCGACGACUGCAGCCCGGUGGGGUCACCUCAGCGCAAAGCCAGCAGGGUGACAUGGGGCAAAUCCACAGCCUACCACAAUGAGGGGUACGAUGACUCUCUGGACUCCCCUGGUGUGGAGAAGAAGGUGGAGAGCGAAAAGGAAGAAAAGCAAGAGUUCUGAACCGCCUGAUGCCGUGAAUGGGUACCUGCAUUUAUACAACUGUUGCUCUUAUAUAUAGGAAGCACAUUAGCUGCACUCUGUAGAACACUAUAGGAAGGAUGCUGCUGCAAAGAAUAUUGUGGUUGUUAAUAGAUUUAACAGUUUCUUUCUCUGCUAAACUGAUGUUUGUAGGCAGGGCUGUAGCCAGGAUUUUAAGAAAUACUGAGCAGCAAGGUCCCACAAUGCACCCCCCUUCAGAAAGCACUAAAAAAAGAGGGUCUCCACAUUUUCAGCAACUUUAUGUCACAGGUCUGUAAUUUCUGAACACUUCCAGAUGAUGGAAAAGUAUUUGGUAGCCUACUAUUUAUAGGGAAAUAGGGCAAGUGCUCUCUGAAUGAAUCAAUCUCAGUUAAUUGCUAGUGUGACCUACAGAGUCUUUGUGCACAGCUACAUAAAAACAUGUGAUUGGUCUACAGGCAGGAAUACAAUUCAACGUGUAUGAAGAAUUAAGUUUCCAUAAACAAAAGAUUAAUGAAUGAAUAUGUAGUUGGCUUAAGAUGGAGCAGAUGGGGAAAUUCCUAUUUUCCUAUUUCAUUUUUUCAUUUAACUGUUCGGUUGUAUUUUUAUAGAUAUUUUAUUUCCAAUCAUCAAGGACAAAACGCUGUUUCUAAGUUUCUCCACGCUGUCAGCUGAGGCUGGAUUCACCAAGAUUACCAGAGCGGGGCUCCUGCCCGCAGGCCCCAAACUGUAAGAGGCCCCAGAGUGUCCAUAUUCACCAUGUGGCAAUUAGAUUAUGAUAAUUUAAUUAAUUGCAAAUUUGUUAGUUAAUAUUCUGUUGACCACUGAACCACGUUAUAAACUGAAAUGAAGAGGACCUGAAGGCACCACCUUCAUUAUUCAGGUCUGAAGUUAAAAUGAUGACCUCUAUUAUUUUGGUUUAUAUUGUGCUCACAUGGUGCAAUUUAAUAAAUAAAAGUGUGCUUCAUCAAGUUAACUUAAGGUUAUAAACACUAACCUAUGCACAGAGAAUGGGAGACACAUAGGGACUUUUACUGUUUCAGCCCAGGCCCCCCUGGUAGGUUAAUCCAGCCCUGCUGCCAAAACUAUACAUCUUUUAUUUUUGGUCCAAAAGUGUAUUCAUAUUUAUUGAAUCUACCAAUAACUGGAAUGUGUUCGACCGACAUGACCACCAUGUCCUCGGUGUUAGCUAUGGCUCUGUUAGUGUAGGCCUACAUUUAUACAUUUUGCCUUCUCAGAAAGGCUUUUCAGCUUUAUUUAUUUGUUUCCACAUGUUUCAAAUACAUUUAACAUAUUACAUAUAUAUUACAUAUAUUUAUAUAUUUAUAUAUAUAUGGUGUAGCUGCUACCAACCAGAGUAAAGUCAAGUCACUGUUCCUGCAUGAUUUGCUGUCAAAGCAGCACAAACACUGGUCAGACUGGUUUGACUGUGUUGUUUUUGUGGUGUGUUGGAUAAACAAACCUGAAAGUGUGAAUGGAGAGCCUGUAUAACACACAGGGUAUCUACCAGGAUGUCUGCACUGUCUCUGUUGAUCACAUUCUGGGAAAGGGUUCUCAGAAACUGAUCCACAGAUCAGAGUCACACCUUGUGCAAAUGUCACAACGAGUUUCAUUUCUAACAACUAAAACAGCUUCUAACAAAUACAGAGUUGGCAUGACUGACAGCUUAAUGCACUUUAAUCAAACUCAUGUUACAGUAAAUAAAAUCCGCCGGCUCCGGUAGGCAGGACAGUAAGUCAAAGCCGCAGAGCAGAGACAAAUAGUGGCAGCUUGACUGGUCAAACAAGGUUCUCACAGAGAAGUUUCCAUUACGUGCAUUUCCUCUUUGUAACAGUCACAAUAGGUGUCAUUAUUGUAGUGGUGCAUGAACCGUGGAUUGUUAAAUAUUUAGCGAGAGAGCUUGAAUGCAGUGUAUCCACCCUGCAGAGCUAAGCUAAAUAUGAAGUGUAAAUAUAUUUCCUGGGGUAAAUCUCCGCACUCAGUGGGAGUGAAGUCAAGAGGAAGCUUUGAACGACCUGAUAAAAGAUGCAACACACUGAUGCAGCCCUGAAUCACUUUGGUUUCAUUAGCUGAACAAAAAGAUCAGUGGGGGCCCCAAUUAAUUAUAGCAGGCUUAUCGCUGUGUAAACA